UCGCCUCGCCAGUCGCAUGUGACUGUGAGCAUCGGCCUCGCCUGUGAGUCUGUGACUGUGAGCAUCGCGCCGCGCGCGGCAUCGCCAAUUCGCCAUUCGCCAAUCGCCACACUGCCCACACACUCGACGAUCGGCAGCAACCCUACCCAGCAGCGCCAACCCUACUCUGCAGCGCAGUCAGAGACUCCCCCUGUCGCCGGCGAACUCAUCCCCCGUCGCCGUCGUUCAAGAAUCAAGAUCGAAGCUUCGACAAAGGAGACGCCACCCCUUUGUAGUUCGCACUUCGCCAUGGAAUCCCAUUCCAAAUCUGAGUUUGAUAGGUACCUUGAGGAGGAGGAGGAUGAUGAAGUGGUUACACGAACAUUGGUGGGUUCAGAAGAG